AUGAGCGACACUAUUAUAACCAGAUGUGACGACCUCCCAGAGCCAAAAGAGCUCGCGGAAGCCUACGAGCUCGAACUACAAUCCCAAAAUGGCCAACCGAUCCGAUUCGGCGAGCUAGUCGCAGGAAAAGGAGGCCAGAUCACAACGAUUGUGGUUUUCAUCCGCCACUUCUUUUGCGCCUACGACCAGGACUACGUCCGCGUAGCCUCUCGCCGUCUCACCGACUCCGUCCUCGCGACCCUCCCCAACCCCACCGGCCCAUCACAGCUCAUCAUAAUCGGCUGCGGUGACCCUCAACGCAUCGUCCCUUAUGUAUCGGAGACUGAAGCUGCGUUCCCCAUCUACACGGACCGCAAGGGGAAGAUCUACGAGAAGCUGCACAUGAAGAGGACGAGGUCACACAUCACUCAACCGCCCCCUUAUACUCAAAACUCUUUCCUCAGUGCGCUUGGAAAGACAUUCAAACAGAUGUUUUGCAGUGGGUGGCAAGCGUUUCUGGGUGGAAGCUGGGGGCAGAACGGCGGCGAGUGGGUGUUUCGAGGGGGCAAGCCUGUUUAUGUCCAUCGGAUGGAGCAUGUCUCGGAUCAUUUGACGGCGGACCAAUUGCUUGAAGUGCUCAGCCAUGAUAAGCCGGCUUAA